AUGACUCCCCGAGCUGGCACUAAACAUACCUCCACCAUGUUGGACUGGGUGGAGCCAAAAGCACAACGGUUCACAUCCUGUCUACGAGAACUGAAAGCAUACCUCAGAGCCUUGGAACAUCUCCUGAGGGCGAAAUUCAAUGCAGAAUUCCGGAGUAAAGUCCCCAGGAUUCCAGAAUGUAAUCUGUCCUCAGAGGCAAGAGGAUCCCUGAGUUCAAGGCCAGAGAGACCUUGCGAAGAAAAAAAAACAAACAGACCUGUCGCCACGGCCGCCUACAAGCUCGUCCUUAUCCGGGACGGCGAGAGCGCCUGGAACCUGGAGAACCGCUUCAGCGGCUGGUACGACGCCGCCGACCUGAGUCCGGUGGGCCACGGGGAGGCAAAGCGCGGGGGACAGGCGUUGCAAGAUGCUUGCUAUGAAUUCUACAUAUGCUUCACCUCCGUGCAGAAGAGAGCAAUCCGGACCCUCUGGACAGUCCUGGAUGCUAUUGACCAGAUGUGGCUGCCAGUAGUCAGGACCUGGCGCCUCAAUGAGCGACACUAUGGGGGUCUGACUGGUCUCAAUAAAGCAGAAACUGCUGCUAAGCAUGGUGAGGCACAGGUAAAGAUCUGGAGGCGAUCUUACGAUGUCCCACCACCGCCAAUGGAGCCUGACCAUCCCUUCUACAGCAACAUCAGAAAGGAUCGCAGGUACGCAGACCUUACUGAGGACCAGCUACCGUCCUGUGAGAGCCUGAAGGACAUUAUUGCCAGAACACUGCCCUUCUGGAAUGAAGAGAUUGUCCCCCAGAUCAAAGAGGGGAAGAGAGUCCUGAUUGCGGCCCAUGGCAACAGCCUUCGGGGGAUCGUCAAGCAUCUGGAGAGUCUCUCAGAAGAGGCCAUCAUGGAGCUGAACCUGCCAACUGGCAUUCCCAUUGUCUAUGAGUUGGACAAGAACUUGAAGCCUGUUAAACCCAUGAAGUUCCUGGGAGAUGAAGAGACCGUGCGGAAAGCCAUGGAAGCUGUAGCCAUGCAGGGCAAGGCCAAGAAGUGA